AGGUAUUAAGUGGAGAGCCUCCAAUAUAUCAAAAUCUGAGGGAAUGUAAGUUUUUGCAACUUACUGCCUUUUUAUUGUGAUCACUAUGUAGUAUCUUUAAACUGCUAAAUGUGUAUAUAUAUAUGCGUUAGGCUUUAGCUGUUAGAUGGCUACGGAUUAAAUUGAAAGUUGGCCAGCGCAUUCGUUUUAUGUCAUUUCAAUUGUCCGCUAUGUCUACUUUUACGUUGUUCUUCUUGAAUUAAGCAGUAUUAAAAACAUGUGCUUAGAUCAGGUCGGGGCGAUUUUUAGAUGAUUUUUUUCUUACAUAUAUAUAACACUCGUUUAGUGUAACAGCAUAGCUAUAUCAAUACAGUAUCAGGGGCACCUAAGGAAACGCUGUUGUAUGCGUAUCACUGUUCAUUUUUUCAUCAUAGAUCAGUUAAUUUUUACCUUCAGGUAAUACAACUCAAUUAUUAAGCUUUUGCUGUUGAUUAGCUUUGGCCGAUUAAAUUGAAACGUGUGCUUGUGGUUAGGGCAGGGCAUUUGGAAUCGAUUAGUAAAUUAUUCCGAUCGCUUCCGAUCAAAAUUUGUUAUUGCCGCCAUCUCGUAUUCUUUCUUUCCGCCAAUGGUCGAGGUUGAUUUCUCAGAUUUUCUGUAUUGGGUUAUUGUCGAAAACGUGUUUCUUAUUGUGUGUUAACGCUCAGCAAUCUGUCUGCGUUAUGUAUUCCAUGUUGUAAUUAAAUCAUUUGUUGUCGGGACCAAUUACAAUGAAAAGGUCGAAUACAAUAAUAUAUAUCCCAAGUCUUCGAGAUUUGAUUCGAUUCUGAAAUCAUUCGGAUAUGACCAGCUCUAAAUAUUGCAAUAUCUAAAUAAGUCCAUAUUUCGAACUGUUCAAUAUCAUAUUUAAAACAAAUCAUCUUUAUUACAACUAUACGUGUUAAAUAAUUUGAUUAAGUAGUCAGCAUUCCAAAAUAUCCAUUCGGACUUUCUCUACACUUUACAUGACUUCUUUUACAUUUCGUUUACACGUUUCAAUAUUUUUCACUUUUGCAAAAUUGUCAUAAAGUUUCACGUACAAUAACGUUAGCAUGGCUUCCGCUCAUUCCUAAAUCCGAUCUAAUUUUAAACCUAUUAGAAAUUAUGAAAUUCUAAUUAAUAUUAAUAAGUGGUUUAUGUUGUAAAAGAAAAAUAAAUUAUACGUGCUUUGAGAACUUUGGCAUGAAUAAAUUCAAAAAAUAACAUUUCAAAUGCAUGACAAAUAAAACUAACGCUUGACAUCAAACGAUACGGGAAGUACAUGUCAAACUUUCAGCAUGAGUUGACAAAUAAUCGAUUGUUAACACAAACAAUACACAUUCUUUAUAUCCCUAUAUACUUUGAUUAGAUUUAUCUUGCAUGGUUUAUUCUAAAACAAUCUUUUGCGCGCGCUCCAUCUGUCCAUCUGUCUGCAAUUCUUUGAUUACCUGAGCUUAUGAGCUGCUUUCAAGAGUGACGAACUCAUUUCCGCCCGCUCUAACAGACAACUGUUUUAUCCCUCUUUUCAUAUAUCUCUUUAAUCUGUCAUGUAAGGAGAAAACUUUCAUUGUUUACAAUAUAUCGGUUUUGAAUAGCAAAAAUAUUGUACUACAGCUAUUUAAGUUUCAUUCUCUUUUAUGCACUGCUCAAUUUAAUGUCGUAAAAGGGGACAAAUAGAGUAAAUUUUAAUUCAGUUUGUAUUGAUCACUUUCGCUUGAAACAAAACCAACUAACGGAACAAGUGCGUGAAUGAAACUGUUAACUAAAUGUGCUUAACACUCACACAAACCAUUUCAGUUCCACGACAUUAACUACGCCGACUCAGCACUUCAACAGACAUUUUAACAUUUUGGGAAAACAACAGUGAAACAUUUCAAUCAUCCCGGUUACUUUCAUUGUUCGCGGCCUGUCGUUUUACAAAUUUUGCUGCACUUUUUUUAGGUAAUUAAAUAAUUCUGUCGUAUAGAUAAAAUAUGCUCGAAUAUAAAUUUUUUUAUUUCCCUUCUUAUAUUUUAUUUGGCAGAGGCAUUUGAACCUCUCACUAUUUCGUAAACUUGUGUUUAUUUGAAAUAUGGCCUUUUAAACAUAUAGCGCUGGAAUCACUGCAAUUGUUAUGGUUGAUAUAUUUUAUGCUCCCAAAAUUUUUUUGCAGAAUUAAACAGCACUAUCAUUACGUAUUGCAUGUACUUAUUAUCAUAACAUCAUUUUACGAAAUAAUAUCGUAAUAUCAGUAAAUCUACAGAGCUGUUUAAGCAAAUAUUCAAACUCCAACAUUACGUUUCAUUACGUUACAUAUCUAUAACUGAUAAUCCAGAACCAAAUUCAAGUUAGUCCGCUUCCCAGUGAAUUCAUUCUAGUGUUUCUACAAUUCCAAGACCAGCUACGAUAUAAGGUAUUGUGCAUAAUGGUUGGACGAAAACGCGCUAGACGUUCAUGCUCAUACUGCAACGCCAGAAAUCACAACGUUAGAACAUGUGGCGUGAAAGCAUUGGCUGAAGAGACUGGUGAACGGAAAUUGCUACAAUGGUUGGCAACUUCCAAUGGAGGCAAUUCUACUGAACCUACUUACGAGAACGUGGAGGAAACUGGCACUUUUACGGAGUAUAACUCAACACGACGAAUAGGGACUCGUCAUCAGGUUUUUGGAGAUACAGUUCGGGAUUUGUUACCGACGACCGCUCCUUCGCCCUGCAUUGACGGACUUCGCGAUGGGUCUUUUCAAAAUCCAGGUGGUAUGGUAUGGCUUCAACAGGUCUGUAACUUAAAUAACUUUCUUUUAUUGAACAAUACUGGAGGUGGCGACUGCGCCUACAUUUCAAUUCUUGAUGGUAUGGGAUCCUUGGGCUUACCUAAUAAACCGGAUAAUGUCGUGCAAUUUAGGUCAAUCGUAGCAGAUGAACUAGGUAGUCGUCCACAUAUCUAUAGAGAUUUAUUAGAAACCGAUUCUGAUGAUCGCAAUUCGGAAUUUAAUACCUUUGUUUCCUUAACACGAAGUAGUCGUGAAUGGGCCCAGACAUGUUGUUUUUAUGCAAUAGCGGCCUUAUUUCCCAUAACAAUUCGUUUAUGGGACGAUAGGACGAAACAUUUUGGUACGUUUGGCACUUUUUCUCAAGUGGUCAAUAUUGGUUAUUUAUCCAAUGACUUACAUUACGUUGCUCUUCUCCCGUCCUUAAGAUCUGCUGCCAAUGCACGCGCUAAUAAUAUAACAAGUUGUUGUUUAGGAAAGGAACAGACAGCCAAAAAACGAAAAAUCAGAUCAAGUUCAUUCUCAUUAGACCAAGACGAAAUUGAGCCAGAGCCAAAACCGCAAGCUGCCUCCGAUUUCUUACCAAAUUUUAUUUCACACAUGACUUCUACCAAUCGCAUACCUAAGCGGACGGAGCGGCCAGAUAAACCAGAAUAUCCUUUAGAUCUUCGAGGAAAUGUUAAGGACACAAGAAAAUGUGUCAAUUGCUGCAGAAACAAUACAGCUAAGUAUAAUAUUAAUUUACGUAUCAGAUCUCAGGUAUCAGGUAAAAAAUAUGGAUCUAUCAAACCUAAAUCAACUUUAUUACACGUCCUACUGUGCGAUCUCUGUUAUAAGUACUUGAAUUCCACUUUUCAUUCAACCCGUAACUCCUGGUCUUGUUCUUGGCCAAGUGUUCUUUGGUCUAUAUUGUCAUUUACCGGCCACGAUCGUUCCAUUUCUCAUAAAGUUUGGUCGGCCUUGCCAAAUACAAUUAGGAAUAUGUGGCGUGGAAUGGAAAUAAAUAAUACAUCAUGUCGAUUUCUAGAUCGUACUCACGAUAUCAUUACAUUUAACUCUCUCGUGGGAACUCAUGACAUGGGAUACAUUAAAGAGGCUUUUAAUGCUUUCCCAGUUGCCGACGUCAUAUGCCCUUUGGGUUGCUGGGAAUUUGUAGAAGAUUGCGACUACAUCCCAUUCUUGCAUUAUUUGACAGGUAUUACAGAUGUCAAACUAUCAGGAGCUGAUCCAGACACAUUCAGAGGAGCACGUCCUGACUGGCCGCCUUUACCAACAAGAUAUCUAGAAACAUACAUAUGCGCAGCUGGAAUGUGUGUAUCAGAUGAACAUGGAAUAAGCAUUUUAUGGUGCCGGAAUAAGCACGAUUCUCUUAAACGUCCAACACUUCAUCCACCAACCAAUCCCGUUCUUCGACCAAAUGCUGAACAAGGAUGCGACUUCCUAGCUCCGUGCACUCUUAUUCCACAUUUUAAACGUUUAGGUAAAAUUAAACAAUGGAAUUCUUCAGGACAUGUAAUAGACGUACGCGGCGGUCAUUUUGGAAUGUCGUCCUGCUCACUGAACCCUAUGCCAUCUAAAAUGACUAUUUCUCGUGACCAACACAUAGUCAAUUCUCUAAUAGUAGGACAACGUAACGAUAUUAGAAAAAGACUUUUCAGAGAUCCGACUAGAUGUCGCGAUGCAGAAUCGUACCUGCUUACAUAUGAUGUAAAUCGUCGUGAAAAGUCGGGUUUAUAUGACGAUGAUAUCAUUGGGAAGCAUCUAUCUUCGGGAACAUUUGUAUCGGAAGUUGAUGCUUAUUAUAUGUGGCGAGCUCAAAAAGCAAGGCAAGUACAGAAUUCUAAACAAUCUGACGCUGAUUUGAUUGAACCCCAUAAACUGUUUAUAGUCAUAGUCCAUCCCGCUGACUCAUUCGGUUCCAAGCCAUUCAUAUGCAAAUUGGGGGUUAACUUUAGUAAUGACACCAAUCUUUACGUUUAUAAUGGUAACCAAGGCCCAUGGUCGCCAGCAGGACUAAUAUGUUUCAUACUCAUACAUUGCAGACAAUUAUACAAUAAUGCUUUAAUGCAAGCUGUUGAAAAUUUAGACCAAUAUACUGCUUCAAUUUUAUCCACAGUUGCUUUUAUUGAACUAUUUCAAAGUCGCACUAAACUAAGUAUGACGAAGAUUGUUUUUCAGAACACUUUGAAUAAUACAAUUCUCUCUCAUCAACAACAAGUUGGAAAUUCACAGGCACAUCAGUUAGCGAUUCUUUUGUCAAUUAUUGUUGGUAAAUGCGUGACUCACGUAACAGACGAUUUCAGUCAUCCACCUUCUCUACUGUUAAACGAUGAAGAAAUUCUGUUGCUUGUCAAGCCUCAGUCUUCCCGAAACCGUCAUUCUUCACCUCCGCAUUUCUUCAUGGGCAGGCAUCUUCUCAUGCUUUUGUCUUCCAAGCAUGGGCAUGCUUUUAGAUGGAACCACACAAUGCGUUGGUGGUUGGUUGAUGGCAAACUGGUGCGCAAGUUUGAUCUUCUUCCACAUCUUCCCUCGUGGCAACUAGCUAUAUACGGCGCUACUUCGAAUGCGGUUGAUGAGGAACUCCUUUCGAGAUCAUUAGACGGACAAAGACAUUUCAAGUGUGGAAAUCCUUCACAUCGAGACUUCCUACUCAAGGAACUUCGAUAUACUAAUAAGCAAUGUUUUAAAACAACAUGCUCCAACAAAGCUGUUUGGGGAUGCCACUGGAGCUUUUUGGGGAAUCAAUGCAAUGUCGGAAUAUGUCGCAGUCAUUUCAUGUCUGAGAUGAAUAACGGUGAGGUUGUUGAAAUACAAAACGAAGGUGAUUCCGUUGAGGUAGCUGAUACCGUAAGUAUGGAUGAAGGUAAUGAAGUUGAUCCCGAUGUUAUUGAUAAUUCACCCGCAGAUUCUGAUAACUCGAGUAACAAUGACGAUAAUGAUGUGAAUCACAUUAUAUUACAUCACUCUAAUUUGGACUUUCCUGAAGAUGGCGCCAUUACUGCUCCUUUGCAUACUCUUUCAACGAAUGUUCCCACGUUUAGUGCAAACAGCAGUUUCUUUCCUUUGCAUUUUUUAUUAAAUGACACUUUUCAGGUUUUAAAGAGAAGCGUACUUCGGAGAAAAAAUGCAAGAUCACAAAACUUACUGCAACACUUUGCUGGCAACAACGACUCCACAACUGUGUCUUUACUUUUUCCUGAAGCACAGAUUCUUCCAACAUCUUUUUGGGCGAUGAAAGAUAAUUCUCCUGUUGGCGCCAUGCAUCAAUCUCUUUUCUGCCAUUCAACAUCUUUUCGCACAAACAGAUCCGUGCGAUCCAAGCACGAUAUGAUCCGCAUUCGAAUACGAGAUCAUCACCUGCCAUCGAGUCAACAACAUUCACAUCUUCAUUUUUAUUUUGAUUUAAAACUUAACGAUAAAUUAAACAGCAAUUCAUCUGCACUUGUUUUCAGGCGAGGACUUGAACAUAUUGCCGAGAACAAGUCGUUGCAUUGUUUAGCGCAGGACAGCCCUAUCCCUUACGACGAAUCCGACAGCAAUGUUAAAAUUCGUGAAUUGACGGCGCUCACAACCAAAUAUCCAUGGAAAUACUGGAUGACCAUGACGUGCAACGAAGUAAGGACUCCAGGUUCACCUGGCAACAAAGCCCACGUUCACAUCGGUGCAGCUUUAUUUGACGAAGAUGAGGAGACAACUUUGAAUCGUAUUUCUUGCAAUCCUGAAACCGUGUUCAAUGAUGAAAGCUUUGGGGUCACACGUCAUCAACUCCUGAGAAAAGGAAUCGUUGAAAAUUCUUCUGACUUCGAUGACCUGAAGAAGUUGUAUCUUAAAGUGUCAACGCAUGACUGCGCGAAGGCCGGCGAAAGAUGUAUGAAGCGUAAAAACGACAAAGGAGAGGUAGUAUGUAGAGUUCCUAGGCAUCCAACAAGUUUCCAGUACUUUUUUCAGGAAAACCAUAAUCUUUAUUGUCCUGACAUGACGGAGCGAAUGCGACGAAUUGGAUUUGCCGCCAACACUGAUUGCCGACAGCUUGAUGGUUCUAUUUCCAGCAGAUUGACAAUGAUUGAUCCUAGGCUACGUGGAGGCAGAUACCACUACCCAACGAAGAGCCCGCCAACUUAUCUGCCGACCAUACCCUUCUUGCAAUGCGCUUUGGGAGCAAGUUUCAACUGUACUGCCUGCGAUCGUCGGUUCGCAACAUCGUAUUUAAUAAAGUAUCACGUAGGUAAAGAGAGCCACAGUGGAGGUAAGUAUGUAAAAGGAGUCGAAAAAGGUAAUGUGAAAGUUAUUGAUGGUGGUUUAGAACAUGUUAAAAUAUCUGGUCAGCAAUUACUUAACAAGACUGAAACUAGUAGAAAUCGCUUAAAGGGUUUAUCCGUAACUGAAAUAGGAUAUUACGAGAUGAAUACCUUUAUUAACGAUGCUAGUUACACAACAUCAACAGCUGAUUUUAUACACGUCAACACAAAUCCUCCAGAGUAUCGCGUUUGGCGAGUCAAAUCAAAGAAUGCUUCCGCACACCAGCGUAACUAUGGACUAACUGGUGGUCGUUCACCAUUCGUUGACUGCAGACUUGUUGAAACCGUUCCUCAUUGGAGGCGUUUUACUGUUAAUCAACAGCUACAUGCUCGAGACUAUGCCCAAUCUGAAUUGAUGUAUUCCAAUACAGAGAAGUUUAAUAUUCGUCCUCCCGAACUUUUGUCAGUUAAUAAAUUAUUGGUAUACCAUGAAAUAUUUGUUUAUACUGGUCAUCGAGCUUCUUCUAACCUAAAGAUAUCUUUAGAUCCAAUGAAUGAUGCAUUUCAUGACGCGUGCGGCUACGUGGUGAAGAUAAGACGAUCCGGGCUCAACAAGUUGCACCACUUCUUGCAGAAUACUGAUCUCACGUCCUCAAGUCAAACAAGUCACAUUGCGUCCAGUAGGAACUUUCUCGUGAAACUUCUUGAACGUCUUUCAUCGGAAAUCGAAUCGGAUGCCCAACUGUCUUCUAAAAUAUUUAUUGACGAGAAAUCUGUGAAAGAAACUGUUGCAGUUAGCUCUUAUGUUUACCCCACUAAGAAGAUCAAUUUUCUUUAUCAUAUGGUGCUGACUCUCGGUUCCUAUGAGACGGAAUUUGAUUUAUUCACCCGCACAACUUCAUUUCGUAACGUCUUCACAAGAGCUGGACUUAUUCCGAGAAAAUCCGCAUACAAUGAACAGGAUGCAAACCAACUUUUCAAACUCUACAUGGACGCAGAAGGUCUACACCUCCCUAUUACUAGAAGAAGAUUGGAGAGGUAUACCAAGUUAGCUGACGAACUUAUAACACAAAUUGUUUGCCUUUCCGGUGAAAUAAGUUCAAAUAUCCCUCCUAUUUCUGAAUUGUCUAUAAGAACAACCGCUGAGAAACAGAUAGAAAUUAUAGAAAAAUUCAGACGACGAACCUUGGUAGAGUCACUACGAAACGCCUUAGUUAACGCCGGAGUAAGAAACCUACCAACGACGGAUGACGUCUUCACUGCCAACUUAUCUCAACCCCUUCAUAAUUGGAUACCAUUGUUUUCGGAAUGCGCAACUACGUCUCUUAUACCGAGAUCAGAUCAUCAAUCUGACGAAAGUUAUUCGGAACAAAUUAAGACUUUCAACAUAAUAUUGAAUGCAUUAAAAGAUUACAUGGACCCCGAACCGAAUACAUCUUGCGGCAGAUUCCCUUGCAUUGUUGGACCCCCAGGAUCGGGUAAAACGUUUUUGAUCCAGCUAAUUGCUUUUGUCGCCCUUAGCCUCGGGUUUCGAGUGUCGCUUCUUUCGUUGACUUCUGAACGGGCUAGGUCAUUAGGUGGCAUACACAUUCACCAAGCUUUUCCGUUGCCUGUUACUGACAAUCACAACAAAUUGCCAGAUAGGACAUACUCUAAUUUGAUGCAAAACUUAACUAAGUCCGGAACGAAAAUGGUAUUGCUUCAAAGAACUGACAUUUUUAUUUUUGAAGAAAUUGGACUUAUUUCAUCUGAAACAUACGCCAUAUUGGAUAGGUGCAUGAAAGAUAUAAUGUCUUCUUACGAGUCGUUUGGUCACAAGUUCGUCAUUGCCAAUGGAGAUCCGUGGCAGCUUCCACCUCCACGUGGCGCCCCGUUUUGGACAUCGAUGAACUUUAUGGCUUACUUUAAUGUAGUACAACUAAAACAUUUCGUUAGAUCGGCUAGUGACCAAAACCUACAGAAAAUCAUCAGAUUGAUUCGACAACCUUCAUUGCAAGAAGAACAAGUCAACGACAUCGUUAAUAUUUUGGAUAAAUCGUGCAAUUUUGUGGAAGAUUGGUGUACUGUUCCAGACGAGGCAAUGAGAAUUGUAUCAACGCGCAAAGCCGAACAAAUGGUUAUUGAUGAAUUUUUAAAAGGUAAACUGGAAGAUCCUGAUGUUCAAUUGAAAAAGUUCAGUGCAGUGGAUGAGGUAUACGACGGAAUGACUUGGGGGCAGGCUACCAAUACGCAAACUCGUCAAAUAACGCGACAAGUUUUAGAGCCCGAAGAAAUUAUGUUAUUUAACGGCUCUGUUCUUAGACUAACGUAUAACAACAAUUCAGGAAACACAAAAUUCUCGCAAGGACAACUCUGCGUUGUUCAAGACAUUUUUGAUACUAAUGUGUUGCAGUCAGAUGUUGCGAUUCGCGUCAAACUAGUACCACCUGGGGAACGCCUUUUCUCUACAACGAACUCAGAUUGGCCCGGUUUAGUUUUAAGGCCAAGGUAUACCGCUGAUGUCCUUAUAAACGGAAAGACUCAUGCAAGAAGACUUCAGCUACCCGUUCGAUUUUAUAAAGCUAACACCAUUCAUAGAAUCAUGGGAGAAACGUGCCGACUAGUCGCUACCGAAAUAAAUAACCAAGAACAAAGCAAACGUCAUUUACGUCUCUGGGAAAAGUCACAACUUCUCGUCCUCCUCUCAAGAGUUCCAUCCUUGUCCUGCUUGUUUUUUGUUGGAAAACAUUCAAUAACUUUAUGUACAAUUUCAGAAAUGUUACGUACCGAUGACUUCUGGACGUCGCACAUAUCCGACAGGUUACUGGCAAAUACCUUUAGUCAAUGUCGUUAUUUAUCCAAUUCCAAAUAUCCAUAUUCUUUCAGUUCUCGAGAAAUUCCUACUUUCAAAUCCGGAGUUGUUUAUUUACUCAUUUCCCUACCGUUCCCAAAUGUUUCUUAUUUAGGACAAACAGGCCGCAACAUUAAACGCAGAAUUGCGGAGCAUAAUGCCGGUAAUGGCACUACCUUUACCAGCCAAGGACAUUACAUGCCAUGGGCUCCCCUCGCCAUCGUCUAUGGUUUCUCUGACCAUAUCUCCGAAAAUGAAGCGGAAAAGCAACGAAGGCAUGUGGAACAAACAAUUCAUUGCCACCUACAAAGGAAUUUCUCACCUGAAACUGCCUUAUCGAUAAUGAUUAACGUUGUGUCAGGAACUAUUUCUUCAAUGGAAAGGAUGGAAUAUUACGACAAUCUCAUUGUUGAGAGACUUGGACAUCUUCGAUCCAGCAUCAAUGGCGGGAUUAUUGGAACUGAAAACACGGAAAUAUGAAGUUCUUUUCUGUAUAUAUUUUUUGUCUUACCGCUACCUCAUUUUUUCCUUCAAUUAUUGAUACUACGAUAUCAAAACAUAUUUUUCCUACCUACGGUACUGUUGC